AUGGUGCAGCGCAAGCCACCGCAGAAGCCCCCAUCUAAGGGGAGCAGCAGCAGCAAUGACUCGAGCAGCAGCAGCAGCAGCAGCAGCAGCAGCAGCAGUAGCAGCAGCAGCAGCAGAAACAAGAACAGCAACAACGCACAGAAAGAAACUCCUGCACAGACACAAGACCUCGCCAGAAACAGCAGAAGCAAGCCUGAAGCCACCCCGAAUAGCAGCAGCAGCAGCAGCAGCAGCAAGAGCAGCAGCAGCAAGAGCAGUAGCAGCAAGAGCAGCAGCAGCAGCAGCAGCAGCAGCACGCCAGUAAAAAAGAAAAGAAAGAGGUUGACACACCUAAGCACCAAGAAAAGGCGCAAGGUAGCAACCCCCAGCAGCAGCAGCAGCAGCAGCAGCAGCAGCAGCAGCAGCUCAGCAGCAGCAGCAGCAAAGUCGCGUGCAGAGUCUCGCGUUACGGAUCGUAGGAAGAGUGUGAGCAGCAACAGCAGCAGCAGCAGCAGCAGCAGCAGACAUGAGCAGCAGCAGGAGGAAGACAGCACUGAUGAGCUGCUGCAGCUGCAGCCGUGGCCACCAACAGCAGGAGAUAUAAGAGAAGCAAGCAGCAGCAAGCUGCGGUGUCGGUGGCAGCAGCAGCAGCACAGAGAUGCAGCAGACAAAAGACUAGAAGCAUUGUUUGAAGCCUUCAGCAGCAGCGCUAUUGCUGCGCUGCAGCAGCUACGCGAUCGGCUUGUUGCUGCUGCUGCUGCUCCUGCUGCUGCUGCUGCUGCUGCUCCUGCUGCUGCCGCUGCUUCUACACAGUCUCCUGCAGCAGCAGCAGCAGCAGCAGCAGCAGCAGAUACACCGAAAAAGGAGGAUAUCGAUCAGCAGCAAGAGGAGGAGCAGCAGCAGCAGCAGCAGAACCGUAUGCAGCAGCAAGAGCAGCAGCUGCAGCAGCAGGAUCUAUUACAACUAUCAUGUUCUCUGCUGCAUUUGCUUCCUCCUUCUCCUGCUGCAGCAGCAGCAGCAGCAGCAGCAGGACAAAGACUGAAGGGCCUAUACGACCUGCAGCAGCUCUCUGUUAGCUCGUGGCUGCGCCGUUUCUUUUUAUUUGUAUAUGAAGAUAUUAUAGAGUUGCUGCUGUAUACACAAGGGUUCUCCGGUGUAUCGAUGGGGGGCCCCUUUGGGGGCCCCCCAUCAGACUUGUCUGCUGCUGCGCUGCGGCAUGCUGCUGCAGCAACGAAGGAAUUGAGACCAUUGGUCACGCUGCUGCUGUUGCCGCAGCAGCAGCAACAGCAACAACAGCAACAGGGAAAGAAAGAACAACAACAGAAAAAGAAAAAACAACAGCAGCAACAGCAGCAGCAGCAGCAGCAGCAACUCUCGCUGCAGCAGCAAGAAAAAAGAAUAGAAGAUAUGUUGCAGAAAGACCCCACACUGAAGCAUGCACUCAAGAAGCUGCUGCUGCUGCCGGGGAUGCUGCAGCACGGCCACUAUGAUAUAGAGGCGUUGCUGCUGCUGCUGCUGCAGCACAGACAGCAGCAGCAGCAAAGACUCCAGGAUCAGCAGCAGAAAGAAAAGGAAGAAAAAGAAGAAGAAAACAAACAGCAGCAGCAGCAAGCAUCCGCGAAGCAAGAGACAGACGACAGCAGCAGCAACAGCAGCAGCAGCAGCAGCAGCAGCAGCAGCAGCGAGGCAAAUCAGCAGCAAGUGCAGCAGCAGGCGGAACUCAAAACAGACAGUGAAGCGACAGCUGAGCAGCAGCAGCAGCAGCAGCAGCAGCAGCAGCAGCAAGAGCAGCAGCAGCAGCAGCUGAGCAGCCGCCGCAGCCGCAGCAGCCGCAGCAGCAGCAGCAGCAGCAGCAGCAGCAGCAGCAGGAGGACGAGGAGGAGGAGGAGGAAGAGGAGCAGCAGCAGCAGCAGCAGCAGCAGCUAUGGGUCUCUUGCUGCUGUGUCUCCCCCUGCUGAUGUUCUUCUUUGUGGGUAUUUGUUGUCUUUGUCUUCGUUUUCAUUUGACUUUCUCCCGGUGCUGCAGCAGAUAGAUGCUGCUCUUGCUGCUGAUGAGCAGCAGCAGCAGCAGCUACUCGCUGAUGCUGCUGCUGCUGCUGCACAAGCUUUCGUUGCACCACCAGAACCACAACCACCACCAACAGCAAGAAGAUUAUAUGAACAGCAGCUGCAGCAGCAGCAGCAGCGUGCUGCUUCGGGGCAGCAGGGGGGGAGACGCCCAAAGAAGAAGGCUCAGCAGCAGCGCCAGCAGCAGCAGCAGCAGCAGCAGCAGCAGCAGCAGCAAGAUGCAGCAAACGAACCCCCAGGAACACCAGAAGAAAGCAACCCACAAACCCCAACAGCAACUCUCGACUCGCAGCAGCAGCAGCAAGAAGACGAAACCCAAACGCAGCCUGACUCACAGCAGCAGCAGCAACAGCAGCAGCAGCAGCAGCAGCAGCAAGGUGCUGCUGCUGCUUCGGGUAUGAUUCGUCGUAGCCAGGGCUUCCUUCAGUUUUGUGCAGACCUGUCGCACACUGCAG